AUGCCGCAGCUUGACAUGGUUCUCGCGCUGGCGGCGUUCGUCUUCGUUCUCUACCUUUAUUCCAAACGGAAACCUCCACGCUCCUUGUCUCAUUUACCUCUUCCUCCUGGCCCGAAGGGCCUUCCUCUGAUCGGAAACUUGCGCGAUUUGCCAACGAGCUUUGAAUGGCAGACUUACCACAAGUGGUGCAAAGAACUAAACACGGAUAUCAUGUAUUUGAACAUUGCCGGACAGAGUGUCAUUGUGCUGGAUAGUGCUGAAGCCGUGAAUGAGUUGAUGGAGAAACGCUCAUCCAUUUAUUCGGGAAGGGCUCGUAUGCCCAUGAUUAAUGAAUUGAUGGGUUGGAACUUCAACUUCGGUUUUAUGCAAUACGGAGAAAGAUGGCGAAGACAUCGACGACUCAUGCAUCACGCCUUUCAUCCUUCCGCUGCUCUUCGCUUCCGGCCCCAUACCAUGAGAGCUGCUCGCAAUCUGUUGAAUAGCUUCCUUGACAAUCCCAACGACGUUCUCGGCAAUCUUCGACAAAUGGCUGGCGAAACUAUCAUGUCGGUUGCCUACGGUUUAGAAGUCAAAUCCAAGGACGACCCUUACAUCAAAACUGCUGAAAAAGGCGUCCACCCUCUGGUCGCUGCAGGAGUGCCUGGCGCCUUCCUCGUCGAUACUCUCCCUAUCUUGAAAUAUGUCCCUGAGUGGGUUCCAGGCGCAGGCUUCCAGCGAAAGGCGAAGGAGUGGAAGAAGUUGGCGCGAAACAUGAUUGAGAAACCUUUCGAGGCUGCAAAGCGAAACAUCGCAGCCGGCAUCUCUCCUCCUUGCUUCGCAUCAGUUAGUUUUCAGAAGAUGGAAUCGGGCACGAAAGACGAUGCCUAUCGAGAGGAUAUCAUCCAAGGAACUGCUGGCACAAUGUACGCGGCUGGAUCCGAUACGACUGUCUCUGCUGUCGCCUCUUGCAUACUUGGGCUUUUGGAUCGUCCUGACGUAUUGAAGAAAGCUCAGGAGGAACUGGAUCGAGUUGUCAAGCGCGGCCACCUGCCCGAUUUUGAUGACGAAGCCUCUUUGCCCUACAUCACUGCUAUCGUAAAGGAGACACUUCGCUGGCGGGACGUCGUUCCCAUUGCCAUACCACGAUACCUCGAUUAUGACGAUGAAUACAAAGGCUAUCUCCUUCCUGCAGGUUCGAUUGUAAUUCCAAAUGCAUGGGCCAUGCUCCAUAACGAAGUUGUGUACCCUGAUCCGUUCAGCUUCAAGCCCGAGCGCUUCUUGAAGGACGGGCGCAUCGACAAAUCCGUCAAGGAUCCUGCGCAUGCUUGUUUCGGGUUCGGAAGACGCAUCUGCCCUGGUCGGUACAUGGCAUUCUCUGCUGUCUGGAUAGCCAUAGCCUCUUUAAUUACUGUGUUCGACAUCAAGAAGGCGGUCGACGAGGAUGGCAGUCCCAUUGAACCUAAUCACGAAUAUGUCUCGGCCCUUGUUUGUAUUCCGAAACCGUAUCCCUGUUCGAUUACGCCCCGUUCCAAAGAGGCUGAAUGUCUGAUUCGGGCCAACACAAAUGUCGAUAUUCUUUAG